CAAGUGAUGUCAGAAUAUCGUUUCUGUCGUGUUUGUGGCGGUAAUAACAGGGAUAACCCGGCCCUUAGACUUGGUGAGAAUUAUGUGUCCAAAGGGAGCGGUGUCUACACGUGUGAAAAGGACAGGCAAUGGUUUUAUAAAAAUGCUAAAUUAACGAAAGUUUGUCCAAAAGGGGAAAUGGAUGCAAACGCCCCGGAAAAUUGUGAUAUAAGUGUGUGCCCCGCCUGUAAGCUACACAAGUGCUACAGAAUAGGAUUGAAACUCAAACCUCAAAACAGCGCCAAUUGUACUACAAAUGGUGACCCGGCUCAUGCAUACCUUCAGCCCAAUACUCCAAUUGCAAACAAUGGCCACAAUUUUGUCGUAAAUUCAAACUUAACACCGACUGUGGGUCCAAACAACCAGAUACUACAACCAGUUGCCGGUCCCUCGACUACAGUUCCUUCAAAUACCAAUAUUAUGGGCUCAUAUCCAGAAAGUGUUAAUACGGAAAAUGAUUUAUUAGCGCAACUGUUAGAUAUGACGGACAUUGAGAUGAUGCUUACUGACGAGAUGGGAGACACAGGGAUAGAGAAUCUGAAUCCCAAUCAAGACUUCACUCAACAAUCACCGCAAACAUCAGUCCAUAAUACAAUGGCAGUUGAAUCCUAUCAGGGAGCACCAGUAGCUCAGGCGGCAACUUCUGGAUCCACUCAAACCAUUGCACACAAUAAUACAAUUGCGAGACAAACUGACACUUCCGAUGAUCAUACCAUCGAUGAUAUGAUUUUCACAUUUAUUAACAAAAUUAACCUGGGAUUGGUUCCCACUAGUGGCGAUCCCUUAUUAGGCAAAAUGAAACACAUUCAAGUGAAUGAGAACCACAACAAAAUAAUGGUCGAACAGAUUAGGUGCGAGUUGAAACAGCCAGGUAGAUUGACACAGUUCCUGGAUGCCACUGGAUUGCACCGGGAAGCCAUUGGUAUGGCUGAGAUGUUCCGUACGGAGGAGCCGUGGCCUUACACUAAUGGCUGGGAUUUAAAGGUUAUAAACGCGUCAAUACUUCGAUCCGGAAGUUCCAAAUACUUUUCAAUGGACUCGAGUCCCAGGGGUCGGGCUAUUGUUUUUGUGACCGUUGAUGGCCUGGACGUCGAGAUAAUGAGAUGGAAAUCCAUUUUCGGACAGUUGGGCUUCCAAUACGACGUGUAUCGAGAGGCCACGUGCUCUCAGAUAUUGGAUGUGCUGUUGGGGGUGUCGUGUCAGCGGUUUGAUGCCGACGCCCUCCUCGUCAUGUUUAUUGGCGGCGGUUAUGACGAGAAGAUCCGCGGAUACAGCGAUCGGCCGGACAUGUCGUUCACAGAUAUUGCCGACAUAUUUUCCGACAGCAGUGCUACACAACAAAUGGAAACUAAUGAACAGAUUAAGAAUGCAAACAUGAAUUUUACGCCUAUGGAUUUGUGGCGUAACCCCAUGGAAGAUAUAACCCAAUUUGGACAGGCAUUCAGUUAUACGAUCGCACAGUACGCCUGUAAAAAGCAUUUGACUGAUUUAGUGGAAAUGACAAACAAACGGCUUGUAUCUGAGCAACGUGAUAAUGAGAACCAAAAAAUUAUGGUGGCCGCACUCGAUAUGACACGAGAUAUAUAUUUUAAUCCGGGUGAGAAUUAUGUACUCCCAGGGAGUGGUAUCUACACGUGUGAGGCCGAUAGGCAGUGGUUUUAUAGAAAUGCCAAAUUCGCAACAGUAUGUCAACGGACUGAAAACGGUGCGCCCGAUAUGGCAAUAUGUACUUGCUCAUCCGAUAAACUUCAUAAGUGUUUUAGCAUCGGAAUGAGAUAUGAAUACAAUACACAAGAUAUGCCACAAAACAGCGCCAGACGUACCAAACGGCACAGAAGUAACACAACCCAAGGGACAGGGUUUGUGCCAAAUCAGGGCUAUAAUUAUAACCUCGGCACUGACCACUACUCGGGUCAUCCGCCAACAAAUACAAGCGCUAUACAACAAAUUAAUGGUGGCAAUACAUACCCGGCGCAGGUACACUCACAGCAAUUUAAUGUAUACAAUCAAGGAAUAAAUGCGAGUGAAAUGCACACCUCGACAUCAACACAAGUAUUAGCUAACACUUCGAUGACAGUUGCGGCUAAUAAUGGUAAUCUAGGCCUCAAUAGACUGCAAACAAACAAUACGAUAACCACUCCAACAAACAGUUCAUUAGAUAACAGGAUCGAUGACAUGAAAAUCCAACAAAACGAGCAUGAAAAUAAGUGUCGUAUUCAGCAUAUUAGGAAUGUGUUAAAGGACCCAGUUAGAAUGAAACAGUUCCUGGAUAACACGGGCACUCACCAGUUGGCUAAUGAACUAGUGGAAAUGUUCAAAAUGGACUACCCCUGGCCAUAUCGCACUGACCUACCAGAAUUACCUGUAGUACGGGCAUCGGAAUUGAGAUCUGGAAAUACUCGAUACUUUUUUAUGGACUCCAAUCCCAGGGGUCGGGCCAUUGUGUUUAUUAGCACCGAUGGGCUGGACGGGGAGGCUGACAGAUGGGAAUCCAUUUUGGGACAGUUAGGCUUCGAGAAAGACGUCUAUAGAAAGGCCAAGUGUUCGCAGAUAAGGGAUGUGCUGUUAGGAGUGUCGGGUCAGCCCUUUGAUGCCGAUGCCCUGUUUGUGAUGUUUAUUGGCGGCGGUUAUGACGAGAAGAUCUGCGGAUACGGAGGCAAUGAGAUGUCCUUUAAAGAAAUUGUAGACAUAUUUUCCGACACUAAUUGUGUGUCUCUGCGAAACAAACCGAAAAUAUUUGUUUUCAACACUUUCUCUAUU